AUGGCGACACCGCCUUUCCACCGCCUACUGGCAUUCUACUCGAACCGCAAUACUAACGAUACGCAAACGAUACGCCUUCAAGACUCGAUACGCGGCAACCUCGCAUUAGGCCUCGACUUUCCAGUAGCACUCGGAGUAGCCAUCGGACGACACGUCUGGCUUAAAAACACCGGUUUCUUCUCCCUGAACAUCCACGUACCCUCCGUCACAUGGCGCGAAACACCACUGCACGACGUAAAAGUUGACGAAAAGCGAGAAUACACCUGUUCUGAAAUCAUGAGUCUCGCUCGGGAGAAGAAAGGGAUGUUCGGAGCCGUGGAUGCCAUGGGACUAUGGGCGUUGGCGGCGGAUGUGAAGAGUGGGAAGUUGAGGGGCGAGGAUGUGGUCGGAUUCCAGGAGGGAAGAGUGUUUGAGAAGAUUGAGAAGCGGAGGAAGUUUCGAGGGCCUGGGGAGCAGGUAUUGCCGCUCUGGAGGGGAGGGCCGAUCUGGGUGGGUGGACAUUCUUGGGUUGUGGGGAGGAUGUUUGGGGUGAGGGUGUAUUUGGACGGAGAGGGGGACCGAGGGGCGGAGUGA